GGAUCAUGGCUGAACUCCAGCAGCGGGAGCAUUCGCGGCUCCGUCCAUAUCCCCAGCAACGUCACACGCAUAUCUCGCGCCGUAAAGCCACUGAGUUCAGAUGGCAUCCCUCAAAUUGUCAACUAUCACUGGGGAGUCGGAGCUGGCGGUGGCGUGACUAACAAGAUCGCUGGCAUCAGCGGUCAUGGCUUAGCUGAGAUCAUUCGAGAAGGAUAUCAAUUCAUCGCUACAAACUGGCUGCCAGGCGAUGAGAUCUUCAUCUUUGGCUUCUCGCGUGGCGCGUUCAGCGCACGAUCGAUAGCAGGUUUGAUUGGUGAAGUGGGCAUCUUGACCAACGAAGGCCUCCCAUACCUGGCCGAAAUAUUCAGAGAUGUCCAGCGAAAGCAUGAUGACGACUACGUUCCAAAGCAUCCAGACCUACCAUUUCCAAACAAGCCGAGCGCCUUGGAUCCACAGUACAAAUACGAGCUACAGCGGCGGCGCAUGACCCACUUGAACGUUCCCGUGAAAGUGGUUGGUGUGUGGGAAACUGUGGGCUCCCUAGGAACUCCGAAGCUGGGCUGGCUCACUCGGCUAGGACUACAGAGCAAGUCCAUGAAGGAAGUAACGUUCUACGACACGUCUCUCGGAAACCACAUCGAGUAUGCAUUUCAAGCACUAGCACUGGAUGAGAGGCGAUUCGCUUUUCCACCUACGCUGUGGGAGAAAUUCGAAGGCAAUCAAACGACACUUCGUCAAGUCUGGUUUCCCGGAGCACAUUCCAAUGUUGGUGGCGGCUAUGACGACCAACAGAUUGCAACUAUCUCACUUGCAUGGAUGAUGGCACAAUGCCAACCAUUCUUGGAUUUUGAUCUGGAAUACGCCCAUGAUCAGAUGGAGGACGUCGAAACAUAUUACGAAAAGACCGAACAAAACAUCCGACCAUGGUCUUUCGGCAAGAUCUUCAGCGGUAUGGAAGGAGUCUAUGCUCUGGGAGGCAGCAAAGUCCGCACUCCCGGUCGAUAUACCGCUGUAGACCCGAUCAAUGGCAGGAUCACCGACGACCCGCUAAUGCACACCCACGAGUAUAUUCAUCCUUCUGUGAGAAGUCGAAUCAAGCUUCACGGACCUGGCCUGGAUGAUCGUGGAGACUACGAUUGUAAAGCUCUGCAAGACUGGAAACUGGUGGUCGAAUGGCCGGAAUCGACGCCUGGCGCAAAGCGGCCAAGCAUAUUCUGGAAGUCGAGAGAUCGACCACCUGAAGGUUUUGAAAAAGUCCUGCCCGAAGCGCCACUUUGGCAGCUGGAGAUGGAGUUGCUUCAUUAUGACACAGAGACGGAGAAAUUCGUCAUUAGUCCCGCGGGAGUCCGGCAGGGCAGGAGAAAGAGCCAAAGG